GAUGGUGAAGAUGAUGAUGACGGCUGGAUUCGGACGCUCCGGGAAGAGUUUUCUGAUGGAGAAUCUGCUGCGGUCGACACCCGUGCAGAUCUACAGCACAAACACUGAUCCGGGGUCAGAAAACAGACAACACACACCAAGGAUUCACACUCCUACAGUAAUAAUGUCCACCGUUGCUCUGCCCUGCUGCUCUGGAUCUGGACCUGUGAUGACCACGAGUCCUCUGUUCACUAAGGCGGUGGGCUCAGUGCUGUGGACUCCAGCGGUAAACUUUCGCUCUCGGCCAGGAAUCCUGAGACGAGCCGUUUUCUCUGAACAGCAGAGACGAGAGCUGGAGAAAACCUUCAGCAAGCAGAAAUACAUCAGCAAGACGGAGCGCAACAGACUGGCCUCAGAGCUGAGUCUGAAAGAGACGCAGGUGAAGAUCUGGUUCCAGAACCGCAGGAUGAAGUGGAGAAACUCCAGAGAGAAGGAGAUCAGCAACGCACACACACGCAUGGAGAAACUGAUGGACUGGAGUCAAUCUGAACCUGCAGACGACACACACACGCCAGCGCAGAGCAAACACACUCACACACACAUACACAGAUGAUCCAGAAGAGAUUGUUCAUUCUCAACAUGCAAUAUCUCUCAAAAGGUUGAAUGGAAACACAUUAUAAUAAUAAUAAGGUGCUAUUUCUAUAAGAGCAGGUCAUUUAUAGUGUAUAAACGUGUCCUAAUGUUGUGUUGAGGCUCCUACAAACAGGUGGAAAUUCAUUUAAUGGAAGAAAACAUUGUCAUUUCAGUAGUGUGUGUGUUUAUUAUAUCAGAAUCAGUCAUUUUCCUUCAGCUUAGUCCCUUAUUCAUCGGGGUCCCCACAGCGGAAUGAACCGCCAACUAUUCCAGCAUAUGUUUUACACAUCGGAUGCCCUUCCAGCUGCAAACCAGUACUGGGAAACACUCAUACACACUCAUUCACACUCACACUCAUACACUACGGCCAAUUUAAUUAAUCAGUUCCCCUAUAGCGCAUGUGUUUGGACUGUGGGGGAAACAGGAGCACCUGGAAACCCACGCCAACAUGGGAAGAACAUGCAAACUCCACACAGAAAUGCCAACUGACUCAGCCGGGACUUAAAUUAGCGACCUUCUUGCUGUGAGACCACAGUGCUAACCACUCAGCCAUCGGGUCGCCUAUUAGAAUCAUUUCGCACUGAAUUUGAUUCGUUUGAAUCAAUUCAGAAAUCAAUGUCUGUAAGCCACUCCCCCUUCCAUAAGCCAACUCUGCUCUGAUUGGUCAGAUGGUCAAGUCUGAAAUGCACAUUUCAGAGAGUAUAUGAGGCGGAGAUUAUGCAAAUGAGCUACUUUGAUCGUGUUGACGCAAGCAGUCAAAAGAUUCAAACAUAUAAUGACUCAAGACGAUUCAGAGUCGACUCUAUUGAGAGCCAAUAUCUGUAUUCAUCAGGCACUUUUUUAAUGUUAACACUGAAGGAUUGUUAUUUACAGUGAGAAGAUUAUUAAAUACUGCACAAGUAUAUCUCAUUACAUGUUAACCAAUAUGAACAAAUGGAUGAAAUGAUUAUAAAGUGUUACCAAAAUGUAAAUAGUAAAUGUGCAUUUUUCCCGAGAAGUA